AAAAAAUAUUAUGUUAGGUUAAAAAUUUGUGAUAUAAAAAAUGUCUGAAAAUAAACAAUUUACACUAAAAUCUGCAAAUGCCGAUUUUGCGUUACGACAGAAAAAUGUAUUCGAUCAACUUUUGGUGUUAGAACCUAAUCGUAAACCAACCAAAUCUGAUGACACAGAAAUGGAUGUUGAUGAGGAUGAUGUUCAUUCAAAAGUAUCAAGUCCAAAAGAACAGAGAGCUAUUACAAGAAAGUUACGAGGAAAAGAGAGUAUAUUUAAAAAACCUCAAAACCCUGUAUCCAAAAAUUACAUGAAGAAAAUUCCUGACUUUAAGAAAAAUCCACAUAAAUGGACAAGAUAUUCUUUGGAAGAUGUGAAUGAUGAAGACAUGUCUGAUAAAAGCAACACAAAAACAGCUCUAUCAUUUUUAGAAGAACUGAAGGAGAGGAAAAUCUCUGAGGUGCCUUCAGAUGAUUCAGAAAAAGAUGUACCCCAAAAAAUUGUUUUCAAAAAGCAAAGAAGACAUGAAUCUAAUCCAGAGGUUAAAGAGGAUCCAGAGAGUUUGAAAGCCACCUUUAGGAGUUCAAAAGUCGUUAUGCCUGAAUAUGUAGUGGGUCAAAAACUUAAAAAGGAUAAAAAGAAAAAACAGGUAGAAAAGGGAAGGGAAUUAAAGCUGGAUCAUCUUCUCGAGGAUGAAUAGUUUACAGUUACAGAAUAAACCUAUGUUACUAAGGAAAUAAUUAUAUUAUAUAAUUUAAACCUUAAGACUUAAAUGGCAUUGUCAUAUAAAGUAAAUUAUUGUGAUGCCUCUGUUAUAAUUUUGUACAUAAUGUUAAUUUUUAAUGAUAGUAAUAAUAUGUCUGUAUCA